AUGAAGCCGAUUCUCCAAACCUACGGGCCCCGUGAGCCAGACCCCUGCAGAAAUACCAUUCAAAAGUCGGCCCUGUCCCUACAGGAGGAUGUGUGGUCAGUAACAUGUUGUCAUCACUGUGUAGAUCCCAGGGGCCGCUGUGUGCCCAGCUCUGUGGACCACCUGUCCUUCAAGUACAUGAUGUGUAAAGUGGAGUCCAGCACUGACUCGGAGUCUGAGAUCAGCCCACGAUGGUCCGACACCAGCACGAUGGGCUGUGUGAGCAGUGCAGCAGAGAGCGACAGUGUCCCGCGGAGCCUCCCCCUCCUCCCCCGUCCCAGCUGCAGAGUCCCUGCUCACUCUUUGUUCCUGGACCCGUACGACGGCAGCUCUGAGGACUCUGAUGCUUCCAUGGAUGUCCAGAGCAGACGGGGGUCACGGCCGCCCGCCAAGCUCAGCUGGUGCCGCGGCCGCAGAGCCCACCCAGACCUCCACCAGCUGCUCCAGCCUUCUCCAGUCCUGCUCAAAACCUCCACCCUGGACCUGAACUCAAACGGCCCCUUCCACGGCGCCUGCAUGGAGCUGAGCGGAGCGGGCCCUGGCUCCGGCUCCUCUGGCCUCUCCCCCAUGGGUGGAUCUCCCAGUCCCUAUAGGAUCCACAAGAGGAAGCUGCUGCCGGGGGACCAGGCUCAGAGCAAGAGGCAGUGUGUGGAGAGCAUGGAGGUGGACCAGAGAGCACAUCCCAACACUUAA